UAAGUGCUCGCCUUUCUUCGCUAAUGGCAAAUACUACCCCGCAUUCUUCAACGACUACAGAUAAAAAUCCAAACUCGAUUUUGGCUAUCUUAAAUAAAUUUGCAAAUAAAACUCCGUCGAAUAAACAAAUGUCUGUGCUCCCCAGGACAUCAUCAUCGUCAUCAUCAUUUCGAAAUGCAGCUACCCGUUGGUCGACGUCGGAUGAUCAGAAAACGCUUGUAAGGACCAGCACUUCCAGUGGCAGUGGAGGUCAGACGCGCAACAGAUCAUCGACUUCAAGAACUCCAAUGAGGACUCCAGUACGAACACCAAAAUCAAUGACAACUACAUCAUCAGAAAGUGACGCUACUUGUAUCGUUGCAAUCUGUGAGGGUCGUGGCUAUGCUCGAGGAGAAGUGGGAAUUGCAGCACUUGAUGUUCGACAUCCUCAUCUGGUCCUCUGUCAAAUAAGUGACAGUCAGAGUUAUGUCAGUACACUUACAAAAGUGAAUAUAUUCAAUCCUGUUGAAAUACUGGUCCCUCACACAUUUUGUGAAAAUCAACAAACUAGUAAACUCUUUUCAAGCAUAAAUGAAAUGUUUCCUACAGUAACAUUAACAUCUGUGCAGAGGAGGCACUUUAAUGAAACUAGUGGUCUAACACAGGUUCAGCAUCUUUGUGCAACAGAGUUUGCAACAGUUGAACUGUUGGUACAACACAAGUUUUAUGCAUUAGCAUCAGCAGCAGCACUGCUGAAAUAUGUGGAGUAUAUGCAGAAUAUGAUAUUUGCUGCUAGAUCACUGAAGAUUGAGUACCAAGGAUCUAAAGACACCACACAGAUAGAUGUUCAUACUUCAAACCGCUUGGAAUUAGUAAGAAGUUUGCGUGGAUGUGGAGCUCAUCACAGUCUUAUAGGCAUACUAAAUCAUUGUCAUACUGGCUGUGGGAGCAGGUUAUUGCGAGCCUCCAUUCUGCAACCACCCUUUCUUCUUCCGACAAUUACAACCCGCCUGGAGGCUGUGAAAGAGAUUGUUGAAACACCUGAUCUUCUCAAUAGUUUGCAGGUAACCCUACCAAAAUUUUCUGACAUUGACAAAUUGCUGUUGAUUUGCAUGCAUGUUCCACAGCAAGAUAGCCUGAAAGCAGCAGAACUACAGCUAAAUUAUGCCCUAAUGCUGAAAACUAUUUUGGAGUUGUUACCUGCUCUUAGUGACAUACUUGAAAACUGUACUUCAGGAUUUCUGUGCUCUGUGCGAGAGGUUAUUAAAGAACCUUCUUAUUCAAAAAUUUUGAAAAGACUUCUGGAUACGUUGCAUGAAGAUGCUCAUGCUGUAAAAGGAUUUACAGCAUGUCAGAUGCAAAGAAGCUUUGCCGUUAAACCUCAAGUAAACAUUCUACUUGAUGUGGCUCGGAAAACAUAUUGUGAAGUUAUUGAUGAUAUUACAAGAUUAGUGAAAGAUCUUGCAGAAGAACACAAUUUACCACUGAGAGUUAAUCUUAAUUCCACCAGGGGCUUUCAUAUUCAAAUGCCAGUUGGGAAGAAACAAAAAUUUAAUCAGACAGAUCUUCCACCAGUUUUCAUUCAGGUUCAAAGAAACAGAUCAACAUUUUGCUUUACAACAGAGCUUUUAAUACAGGCUGAUGAAAGAUGCAAAGAAGCUUUUCAUGAAAUUCAGAUGCUAAGCAAUGUAGUGAUUCUUGAUCUACUAAAUGAAAUUCGGGAAGAAGUUGGAUGUCUUUAUAAAUUAUGUGAAAAAAUUUCUGAACUUGACAUGCUUACAUCAUUUGCUAAACUAAGUGCUCUGCCAAGUUACAUCUGUCCACAAUUUGGAGAUAGAUUAGAUGUCAAGAGCUCAAGACAUCCCAUACUGGAUUUCAUUAAUCCAACUGAGCCAGUCCCUAAUGAUAUUUUUGCCACAGCAGAUAAAAAUUUUCAAAUCGUAACUGGACCAAAUAUGAGUGGGAAAACCAUUUAUCUUCGACAGAUUGUUUUACUGCAAAUAAUGGCACAGAUAGGUUGCUAUGUUCCAGCUGCAAAUGCAAUGUUUCGAAUUGCUGACAGAAUUUAUGCCAGAAUAGGAUUUGAUGAUAGCAUUGAGUGCAAUGCUUCCACUUUUGUUCUUGAGGUGAAAGAGGUACAAUGCAUUCUUCAAACAAUGACAGAUUCAUCUUUGGUUGUAAUGGAUGAACUAUGUCGAGGCACAUCAUGCGAAGAGGGCACUGCUAUGGCAUGGGCAUUGUGUGAAGAUUUUCUGCGUACAAAAACAUUUGCUUUUCUGACAACACACUUUAUGUUUCUUACUAAUCUUGAAAAAUCACAUACUAAUGUUGUGAACCACCACUUUGAAACACUGGAAGUGAAUGAGAAUGGUAAAAUUUACUUGAAAUAUACUCAUCAUCUACUACAAGGCAUCACAAAUGUCAAACAUUAUGGACUGCACCUUGCUCAGACAUUGUGUAUGCCAGAUUCUGUAAUAGAACGAGGACUGGAAAUAGCUCAGCAUAUAGCUGAGCAGAAAAUAGGACGUGAGCUGGAAGACUGUAGCUCAAUUACAGCUGCAGCUUGUGAGCUUGCAGAUGAACUGCUGUCCCUUAAAGAAUCAAGUGAGCUGACACCUGACAAAUGUAAAAAUCUGAAGGAAAAGUAUCAGUUUCUACAAAGUCAGCUCCCAGACCAUUUUCUACAGCAAACCCCAGAUAAAAUACAUACAUCAAAACGUGAUGAUUCAGGUAUCGGAGUGCUGUCAACUGUUGAUGAAGUUUGUGCUGGGGUCCUCUCUGAUAUUAUUAUGGCUAUAACAAAAGAAAAAGUCCUCCCAUAA